UCUUUUGCUGGAUGCGGCUCAUUGAAAGCAAGCCUACUGUAUCUUUAUCUUUAACCUCUUAAAAUAAUUUCUCCACCAGUUGUUCUCAAAGUCGGUGUGUUCCCCACUGAACUUCAUAAUAUCCCUAAAAUUUGCACUUUUCCCAUAAUUCCCAAAUCUUCAUCAACCAAACCCUAAAAACAAUGAAUCUCCAAAUCUUCGUCCAAUCCCCCGAUCCCCUAAUCCCCACCCAAACCCUAACCCUAACCCCAACCCAAAUCCUAACCCAAACCCUCCGCCACCUGAAGCUCUCCCUCCUCCCCAAACCCUCAUCCCAAUCCCUCUUCUUCUUCACCCUCAAUGGCAAGCCACUCCCGGACUCCACCCCACUCCGAAAUCCCCAAAUUCCACCGCUUUCUACCCUGAUAUUACGCCCUCGGAUCUCCGGAGGCGGAGGCGAUGGCGGCGCCACUGGUGCCGAGUCCCGCGAUUGCUAUCUCCACAUGUACUCCGAGCGAAAGCCCGACAAGGUCGACCCCAACGAGCAGAGGCUCUCCAAGUGGUCCAAUUGCGCGCUCUCCAACGAGCCCUUGAGAGAGCCCUGCGUGAUCGAUCGGCUCGGUAGCGUGUUCAAUAAGGAAGCGCUUGUGGAGGCUCUACUGGGCAAGAAAUUGCCCAAGGAAUUUGGGCAUAUCAAGGGGUUGAAGGACAUGAUAAACGUCAGGUUUUCGAUGGCUCCCGGGGCGGUGGAACCGGGUGAAAAUGCGCAGUUGCAGUGCCCGAUCACGGGGUUGGAGUUCAAUGGGAAGUAUAGGUUUUUGGCUCUGAGGAAUUGUGGGCAUGUGUUGAGUGCGAAGGCUUUGAAGAUGGUGAAGUCCUCGGCGUGCUUGGUGUGUCAUGAGGAAUUUAAGGAAUCGGAUUUGAUUGUGAUCAAUGGGAGCGAGGAGGAGGUGGAGGCGCUGAGGGAACGAGCGGAGGAGGAGAGGGUGAAGACGAGGGAGAAGAAGGUGAAGAGAGUGAAGAAUGGGGAGGUGAGCGAGGGAUUGGAGGUGUCAAGGCUGAGCGGUGCGAAGCAUGGGAUCGAUGGGAAGGCGUGCGCAAAGAAGGUAGUUUCGGGUAAAGUGGAUGGAAAUGGGAAGAUUGCAAAUGGUGGGGUUGGUGGGAAUGGCAUGGUAAAGCGGUUUAAGGCAGGGGAUAUGGCCCCAGCCAAUGCUACCAAGGAAGUAUAUGCUUCGAUAUUUACAUCCUCGAAGAAGUCGAAUUUUAAGGAGACAUAUUCUUGUAGGUCUUUACCACUUGGUAGGAACUGAUUGUUGUGGUAUGAAGUAUGAUAUUUCCUUCUUUUUAAGGUAUCUUUGUUGUUGUCAUUAUUGGUUCUGUUGUAAUUUGAACUUGAUCAUUAAUAGAAAACAUGGAUUUCAUGA